AUGUGGGUGCCGAUAGCAAGCGAAUUCUCUCCCCCUUCUUGUUCAUCGACCUUCGAGAAGAGUAUCCAGAACUCGGAACCGCUUACCCAAUCUCAAUACCCAGGAUGGCGAAUUAUCCCCAUUCUUUCCAAUCGUUGUUUCCGAUUCCGAAAACCGUACAUGACAUUGACCCCACUCCGUCCUUCCAUAAUCAAACAGAUUAUUCCCCUUUUUGCUGAACAAACAGGCUCUUUUGCUGCGGUAUUAGAUGUUAUGAAAGGUCAAGAAGAAGACGCUGGGAGGCGUAGAAUAGAUGUAGGAUGCGGAAAACGGACCGGAGGUGUUACCAAGAGAUUCGCUGAGUCUGUUAGGAUGGCCAUGAAAGGUAUGGUUCUCAAACUCCGGGGUUAG